AUGGCCGACGCACCGCAUCCAGCAGGUUCGGAACAAGGGCUCGCCCCAGCGGACGCUGGGCACACUCCCAAACCUUUCUCGCCGACAGUCAUGGCCGAACCAAACGGUACCUCAAAUACUCCGACGGCGGAUCUGUCUGCUGCGGCUGCGACUCAUGUCCGACCUGGCGGCGCCCCCGCGCGCGUGUAUUUGAACGAGAAGGUUGUGCCUCAUUUGUUGGAAGGGAUGAAGGCUGUUGCGAGAGACCAGUGA